ACACAGCUGGGCAGGCUGUCCAGCCCUGAGUGCCAUGGGCAGAGGAGGUCCUGGCCACAAGGCUGCGGAGAGCUCCUGGAGCCCCUCCCAGAGCGCCCAGGCAUCCGGGCACCCAGCGCCCUCCCUUUUUCCUUCCCUGCAUGCCGUGCGCCUGGAGCACACCCCCGGCUCCUCCUCUGCUGUCAUCCCCGCCUGCUCUCUGCCAGGGCCCAGCAUGGACCUGGACACGGGCUCCGGCUUCCCCCCGCACGUCAUGGCCCAGGUGCAAAUCCAGCCACCGGAGCAGGGGGCCACAGAGGUCACGGCCACGGCCGCCGGGCGCCUGCUGGACAGCCGCAGCCUGGACGGGAUCAGCCAGGCCUACGGGCCGUCCCGGGGCCCCGAGGGCCGGCGCGCCACCAUCUCCAGCGCCCUGGAGCUGGAGGGCACGGUGAGCCGCGACGGGGACCUCACCCACUUCGUGGCCAACAACCUGCAGCUCAAAAUCAAGCUGAGCUCCCGGGGCAGCCUGGACGAGGCCGAGCCCCCCGGCCCGCGGGCUCGCGCCCGGGCCCCCGACAUCCCCGCCGUGGACCCGGCCGUGCUGCGGGAGCUGGAGGCCGCGGCCGGCGAGCUGGCGCUGCGCGUGGACCGCCUGCUGCGGGGCCUGAGCGGGGCCGUGCAGGACAUGACGGCGCUGAGCGUGGGCUACAUCCAGACCUACCGCGACGCCGUGGACGGGCUGGGCGAGGCCGUGGACAUGGGCAUCAAGGGCAUGUACACGCUGCUGGCGCGCGGCGAGGAGCUGGACCGCUCCAUGCAGCCCGUCCAUGCCCUGGCCAAGCAGAUCCGCGAGCUCAAGCGGACCCUGGAGGUCUUCGAGGCGCUGUGCAAGUAGCAGCAGCCCCCCUACUCCCACCCACCAGCCCCCAUCCCCUCCCCGAGACCCCUGGCAUCCGGGCUCUCAGCUCACCGGUCCUCCCACCCCCCUGCCCCCCAACCCAUCAUAUCCCUCUCCCCUCCAGAGGAAUCUAUUUAUUCUCCGUGCUGCGCUGCUUGGCCCAGAGCAGGGGCUGGCAAGUGCCACCAAAGGGAGUCUUGUCCUUGUUUUCUGUGGGAGGAGAGCAAGGCUGGAUUGCCCAAGGGAUUUAGGUGCCUGCAGAGACACACUGGAGCCGGGGGGACAGGUCUAGGGGCUGGUGCUGACCCAGGUGUAAUUUCUUCUGAUCCUGCCCUUCGUGGAUCUCCGGCCUGCUUGGAGACGCCCCCGACCUUGCCCAGCCGCUGGCGUUGGGAUGUCCGGCCACCGGUCCCUGCCGGCUGUAAGUCCCGUCGGUGUCUUUUGUACGUCUGUGCGGUGCAUCUCGCACUGGCUGCUCAGGGCCGCUGUGUGCCGGGGCCUGAGGUUACGCACAGCCCCUGCCUCAGUUUCCCUGCGUCCUGCAGAGGAUGGGGCUGGGCUGGCCAUUAAUAAAGCAAAGGCCUUUCUCGUC